UCCAACAUGACGGUGGGGGUGUUGGUGGUGACGUUCUUCCUUCAUGCUGCCGCCAUCUUCCUCUUCACUAGCGGAUUCUUCCUCACGCGGUAUGAAGCCACCGACGUGAGUCCAUGCUCCGAGGACGCGGCCUUCCCAACCGCCAUGCACAACACGCAUCAUCUCCGCCGGCAUGAGGGCCCGCGGACAGGAUGCUGGAGUAACGUCAAGUUCCCUCGCGUGGUGUACAUUGUGAUUGACGCGUUGCGCUUCGACUUCAUGCACGAAGCUUCCCAAGAAGAGCAGCAGCAGAAAGCCGCGGACGGUGGGCAGUACUUUCUCAACCAUCUGCCGCACGUGCACGCUCUCCUUCGCGACGAGCCGGCGCAAAGUCUGCUGUUCCGAUUUAUUGCCGACGCUCCCACCAUGACCAUGCAGCGACUCAAAGGGCUGACCACGGGGACGCUGCCGACGUUCCUCGACAUCAAGGACAACAUGCACAGCGAAGAAAUCGUGGAAGAUUCGUGGAUCAAGCAGCUGACGGCGAUGAACAAGAGCAUCGUGUUCAUGGGCGACGACACGUGGGGCAAGUUGUACCCGAGCACGUUUCUGCGCAACUACUCGUACGAUUCGUUCAACGUGAAGGACCUGCACACGGUCGACAACGGCGUCCUCGCGCACUUCUUCCCCGAACUGGUCAACCAAACCGACUGGGACGUUCUGAUUGGUCACUUUCUCGGCGUGGACCACGUCGGCCAUACGUUUGGGCCCAACCACCCGUCGAUGGUGUCCAAAUUGCACCAAAUGAACGAUUUCCUCGAGCGAUUGACUGAAUCCCUGCCGCCCGAUGUGUUGGCGGUGAUUCUAGGAGAUCAUGGCAUGAGCAGCGACGGCAACCACGGCGGCGCCACGGACGAUGAGACUGGCGCCGCGCUAUUCUUGUACUCCAAGGCCCUGCCGCUGCAUGUGCUUGACGGCACCCGAUCCCUGUACGAUGUGUUGUUUUAUCCGGAUCCGGAUACUUCCACCGUGCGCUCUGUCGCACAAGUGGACCUCGUGCCGACGUUGUCACUGCUCAUGGGGCUUCCGAUUCCAUUUGGCAACUUGGGCGCAGUGAUUCCGCAGCUGUUUUUCGAGCCCUCGUCCAAUCAAACGUCGCCAUCUGCGUCGAUUUCGUCCAAUCAAACGUCGUUCAGUGCCGCGUUGGCCCACCUCAACGACGCCCUGUGGGUGAACGUGCAUCAGUUGCGCCAUCAGUUUACCACGUCGCAGACGAUCCGGAUGGACUUGCCGGCCAUGCUCGAUCUCGAAGCAACCUUUGCGGAAGCAGCUUUGCAAGACGGUGAUGCCAAAGGUACCCACGACCUCCUGCAAAAGUACCUCGCCGACGCCCUCGCCCUGUCCCGGGCCCUGUACACGCAGUUCGACCUUGUGUGCAUGGUUCAUGGCGUGGUCCUUCAAUUAAGUACCUUUCUGGCCCUUCACUUGACUUCGUUUCGUCCCCACCGCGUGCCCAUAUCCAUCCUCGUUGGCAUCUUGGUCGGGUUCAUGUGGCCCGCGGCCGCGCGGGUGCUGCCGCCCUUGUUACCCGGCGCCCCCAUGCCCCGAUACGCAGCCACCAUCGGCCUCUCCACCGUCGGUCUAGCGUUUGAGUGGCAACCGCCAUCCUUGUCACCAAAGUUGUCACCAAAGUUGUCACCAAUAGUGUCCUGGCGUCGAAGCGUGGGCGUGACCAUGUUGGUAGUGAUGCACUGCUUGAGCUUGUUCUCCAACUCGUACCUGGUCGUACAAGACCGCGUCGUGCUGUUUAUAAGUGCGAGUAACCUGGUACUAGUUGGGAUGGACCUAUUGGCGCCUCCUGCUUGCUCGGGUCCAGUGACCAGGGGGACGGGUCAAGUGACCCGUUUCGUCGGGCUCUGCGUCCUCCACCGCGUGUACGCGGCGUGGCCCGUGCCCAACAUUGUGCUGUCUUCAAUGUCGAUGGAAUGGACCUACAUUCCCAUGCUGGUCGUGGGAGUGUGGAUCGCUCGCGUGGACCCGGCCAGUUUGGUGAGUUAUGUUUGCGUGUGGAUGCACUGGUGGGAUAUUUGGCCGUUGUUCGUGCCGUGGGUGGUGUACGCGUGGGGUGGUCUGAACAUUCUCACCACGCACCCCCCCUCCGUGCUGCUUGUGCUGCUGCUGCUCCACGGCCCGACCUCGCCGGGUCCGUUUGGGCUGUUUGUUGCCAUGAGUUUUCUGUACCAGUCUGGGCCUAGUACUACUAGUAGUAGUAGUACUAGUAUGUGGGGCUACUGCUUUCUCAUCCAUAGCCUGUACUUUCAAUCGGGCCACGGGAAUUCGUUUGCGAGUCUGCAGAACGCGGCAGGGUUUGUGGGCGUUCCCUCGUUUUACUGGCCCGUCGCAGGCACCCUCUUGGCCGUCAACACGUUUGGCGCGUUCUGGCUCGGUCUAUCCCUCCUUUUAACGACCAUCCGCCGACCCAUCGUCGUCGCAUAUUUCACGCUCUCGGCCAUCUGCACCAGUGUUUUCGUGGCGCUCAGUCGGCGCCAUCUCAUGGUCUGGGCCAUCUUUGCGCCCAAGUUUGUGUUUGACGCCCUCGUGUCCCUCGUCGUGCACUUGCUCGUCCUCGUGCAAAGCUGCUGCAAUCGUGUCAUACUAUAGAACAAUGAAUAUGUGUAGUACAGUUGAUAGUAUAACGUUACUAAUACAUGCUGGUGCAAAGCUGC